AUGGAGGCGGUGGAAAGAUCAUCACUUCUCUUUAGAGCAGCAGGUCUGUUGAACACUACGCCUCCUGCCACCAAAUCAGAGUCCAUGGAUGACCAGUAUUCAUUGGAAGUGGAGCCACAUUCAACACCCCUUUCACCAAACAGGCGUCGAAGACCAGCCGAAUCAUGCUCUGAUGGUCCACUUGCUGAGGCAAAAGUGCUAAAAUGUGGAAACCAUGGGAAUGAAGACAGGAGCCUUGAAUUUAACUCACCAGAGGAUAUGGCCGGCAAAUCCUUCCCCUACUGCCCACCCGAGUUGAGCCAAGCGAUAUUUUCCAACAUCCUCGCUGCCCUUACGUCCGGCGGAUUCAUUAAUCCGUUCACUUGUCCAUUCACUGAUACCAUUCCUCAAUCACCCAUUCCGAAUGGAGGCCCACCCCAGGCGAAAAAUUUGUGUUCGUCGAAACCAAAGACCUCUCACGCUAUCCGUGAUAUCCUGGGGGUGGGGGAAACAACGAAUAACCAUGAGGAAAAAACCAAGGAACCGCCUAAAGCUUCCUUCGGAUCCCUCCCACAGCGGAUUCCUGCCGUUUUCUCAUUUGAUGAUAAGAAAUGCGAGUCUAGAAAGACUCCUCCAUCAUACCCCAUGAUGAACUGGCCAUCCCAACAUCCCUGUCUUGGUCUUCCACCACAAGAGUCGUCUCCUGACUUCGCGACAGCACUCAGACAAUUGGGAGGCCCUGGCUACCAUCCCACCGGGAGUCCUUCUACCUUCUCUAAUGAACCUGAGUUACGGCGAUCACCAACGGGCUCGAAUUACUUCCCACAGAAAUUCGGAAUGCCUCAUUUCGGCAUGCCUGGACCUACUUCUCCAAACUCCAACUACCUGUGGAUGCGCCACCCUAGUGAACACCUGAGCCAAAUGGACAAAGACGGAAAGCGGAAGCACACGCGACCGACGUUUUCCGGCCAGCAGAUUUUUGCGUUAGAGAAGACCUUUGAACAGACGAAGUACCUUGCAGGACCCGAGCGAGCCCGCCUUGCCUACCUUCUGGGCAUGUCUGAGAGCCAGGUCAAGGUGUGGUUUCAGAACCGUAGGACAAAAUGGCGAAAAAGAAGUGCCGCUGAUAUGGCGAGCAUAAAGUCAGGUGCAACCAAUCAACCUCUGACCUUUGUUGGCGGCUCAAACACCAAGCUGCCAGUUACUAACGAACACACAUCGCCCAGAUCCGAGUCCCGAAACAUCCACUCACCGACAGAGGACGCUCCCAACGGUCCAGUGGAGUCGUGCGAAGAAACAAAGGAUGUUCCCACUCCCCUUCCCACAGCUAUCCCUCCCCAUCUGGCUAGCGCCUUCUUAGCAGCUACAAGCUCAAUCCAGAGUCUUCCGUUCCCCUUCGCCAUGAUGCCUCCGACCGUUGGGCCACCUCCGAGGGGAGACCUGGAUGAUCCAUUGCGGUCACGCAUCUGCGGUAGCAGCAGUGCAGCCGAUAAGUUGUUGAACCCCCUCCUGUUCCAGCCACCCACGAGAACCGAAAAACCAUAG